GGAAGUUGAAGAGACAAAGAAUAAAACCUUUGUCCAGUUUGUCCUUUGACCUUAGGGGUUACAUCAUAUAAAAUUUCAAUAAUAUUGUACUAAUAUCGAUAGGAAUUUUGCUCGAUUAACUACUUCUCAACAAUUUUCACGUCAGCUUUUCAUGUAAAGAGCAGCUCAUGGUGCUUACUUAAAUUAAUAGUCUCGUAUCAAAUCUACAAUCGUACGGUCGAUCUAUUUUGGCUUCGUACGGACAAUUAACGUUAUGGUUCUGUCGUUGUGUGUAUUACACAUAUUAGUUGUGUUAAACAUUGCUUACGUAUUACAGCAGUAUUUGAAGGAUUUACUUCGCAAAUACUUGAUCACCUUAAAUUAUCUUGAGGAAGCAAUAGCAACAUUUGCUUAUUCGUCUUGUGUAUUUGAAAUCGGUGUCAUAAACAGCGAAUAUGGAGUAAUCGUGGCAUUGUGUGCUGGUUUCUUGAUUUUACUUGGAAAGAACGGCAAAUUUCUUUUCCAGGGAAGAGCUGCUAAUCCAUGUGGCUUGAUGUACGAUUUGCUUCAAAGUUUAAAGUUGAACGAUUUUUUAAUGUUAACUAUGAUGCAGUUAAGCGGAGCCUUUCUAAGCUAUUUUUAUAUUUCAUUAAUGUGGAAACUAACCCAAAGUUCUCAACAUUUCCAACAUCUGGAAUAUUCAUGGAAACUGGAGCUUAAAAUUGAGAUCGUUUUUAGUUUCUUAAAGGAAUUUUUUGCCACUUUUAUUUGCAAUUUUGUUGACCUGGUAACCCGACAAGAAAAUAUGAAAUCAGUUAAUCCUAUUAUAAAUACAGCCACCAGUGUGCUAAUAUCAUAUCUUCUAGCGGAUUCUACUGGAGUCUGGAUGAAUCCAACAUUAGCUAGUGUGCAUUUGUUUCAAUUUCGAAAAAAAUUGCUACAAAAUAUCAUUGUCUUUUGGUUUGCACCAAUUUUUGGCACAAUAUUCGCGUACAAUUUAGCUAUUUAUGUGUUAAAUACUGUAGUGAAACACAGAAUAAAAAAAGAACUUUGAUCAAAACACAA